CCGGCUUCGGAGCUUCGGCAAAACAGGAUCGAUCCCACGAUGGACGUUCGGGCUGGCGUCGCCGUCGGCGGCCUCCUCGUCGCGCUUUUCUGGCAGCGCCAGCGGCUCUGCGCCGCCGCCGUCCACUCGCAUGUCUAUGUGAAGCUCCGCGCGCGGGCCAUGGCGUGGCUUGUCGCGAUCUCGGGGUCGUCGCCGACGCUGACGCGACUGGCACCCGUCGAGCAGCUCUCGCCCAACGUGCUUCGCGUGCUUGGCCUCAACCCCGGGCGCAUGACGCUUCAGGGCACGAAUACGUACGUCGUCGGGACUGGCCCCGCGCGCAUCCUUAUCGACACGGGCGACGGGUCGGCGGCGUACCUCGAGCUCCUCCUCACGGCCUUGGCCGCGCAUGGCGUCAAGACGGUCUCGGACAUUGUGCUAACGCACGCCCACUUUGACCAUAUCGGCGGUCUCUGGCAGCUCCAGGCGCGCUUCCCGGAAGCUAGAGUCUGGAAGAUGCUCACGUACACACCGUCAUCCUGCGAGUGCUCGUCACAUGUGUCCAACGCGUAUGCCAUCGACGGCCUCCAGAUCCACGACCUCGCGACGCUGCUUGCCGACAACUCGGCGCUAACGACGGACGGCGCGACGCUGCGACCGCUGUACACGCCGGGCCACACCAACGACCACGUGUGCUUUGUCCUCGACGAUGAUGCGAUCUUCACCGGUGACUGCGUCUUGGGCGAAGGUACGUGUACCUUCCAGUCGCUCUCGGAGUACAUGACCUCGCUCCGCGCCUUGCGUGCGUGCAACCCCACGCGGCUGUACCCUGGCCAUGGCCCUGUCGUCGAAAAGGCCAUCGAUACCAUCGACAUGUACUUGAGCCACCGCCAGAAGCGCGAAGUUGAGAUCCUCGCCGUGCUCACAUCACAGGGGCCCGUCGACGUGGCGACGAUUGUGGCAGCCAUGUACCCGUCCCUACCGUACUUUUUGUCGCUGGCGGCCGCCCGCAAUGUCCGCAUGCACCUACGCAAGCUGCUCGACGACGGUCAGGUCGUUCAAAUGCCAUCGACGUCGUGGUGGUCCCGAGCGCCACUGUAUGCGAUCGCGACUGUCCCGUCCAAGUGAGACGAUGUUGUCCUGUGCUGUCGUGUGUGUCAUCAAGUCGAAUAUAGCUCUAGACGUUUUGUGUAUUGGUA